AUGGUUUCAAACAAUAUCAUGGAAAGCAGUGGACCAACCAAACAAAUCGAUGAUGAGAAGGGUUUGACAGAGAGAAACCCGGAAUUUACCUUCACGAAGGAGGAGGAGAAAGUAGUGAUACGCAAGUUGGACUGGAAUCUCUUGCCGUUGAUAUUCGUCCUGUACAGCCUUAGCAUCCUGGAUAGAAGUAACCUGGGCAAUGCACGCAUUUCCGGCCUAGGGGAGGAUAUCGAUUUGUCUGGGCGGAGGUACACUUGGCUGGCGACGGUGUUUUACAUUUCCUACAUCUUGUCCCAAUGGACAACGAUCGGCUGGAAAGCCUUCAAACCGCAUAACUGGGUAGCUUUCUCCUCCUUCGCCUGGGGUCUCAUCUCCACCCUGCAAGCCGCCACCAGAAGCUGGGAGGGUCUCAUGGUGUGCCGUGUAUUCCUCGGCAUAACUGAAGCUAUGUUCUCGCCCGGUAUCGCCUUGUACCUCUCCUACUUCUACCCGCGGGAGCAAGUGGGCUUUCGAGUGGGAGUUUUCCUAUCCGGUUCCGCGCUGGCGAAUGCAUACGGAGGUGCUCUCGCCUAUGCUAUCUCGCAUAUAAGAGGGUCUAUUAGUCCGUGGCGCAUUUUGCUCAUUGUCGAGGGGAUUCCCUCCUGCCUUCUCUCAGUCAUUGUAUGGUAUUUCAUGCCUGACGCGCCGAAUACGGCGAGGUUUCUGAAUGAGCGUGAGAAGAAAAUUGCUGUUGAUAUUUCCCUGCGGCAGCCGGGGGAUAGAGAAACGAAGGGUUUGCAGUUGAAACAGGUUCUUUGGGCCCUUAAGGAUUAUCGAACCUACAUUCCCGCACUCAUGUACGCUGGCUGCAAUGUCAGUUUCGCCUCCCUCCCCUUGUUCAUCCCAACAAUCAUCAAGGAGUUAGGCGUGUUCAGCACGAUCCAAUCAAACGGCCUCAGCGCACCCCCUUACAUCCUAUGCUUCAUAACCAUCAUAACAGUCUGCUACUUUUCCGACCGCCUUAGUCUACGCGGGCCCUUCGCCGCCGCCAGCAGUUCAAUAGCAGCAAUUGGCUUUCUCUGCCUUGCCAUCUCCUCAUCUGUCGCAGUCCGCUACUUUAGCCUGUUCCUAGCAGUGCAGAUUUUCGUCUCUGUGGCAAUGAUAUAUACCUGGGUGGGUAACUCGCAGGAGACUGAUUCCAAGAGAGCGGGUGCUUUGGCUGUUUUGGCGACGGCAGGUCAAUGCGGACCUGUGUUGGGGACUAAUAUUUUUCCGGCGAGCGAAGGGCCCUUUUAUAGGAAAGGUAUGUGGAUAUCGUUUGGGAUGUGUUUGAUGGUGACGGUUGUGUCCUUGCUGAAUAUGUGGGUGCUGUGGCGGGAAAAUCGGAGACGGGAUACGAUUCUGGAAGUUGUGGAUGGUGGAAAGGGAGAUAUCCCGAAUGGAGACACAGAUAGGACGGACGUUGAAGAUGCUGCAAGGAAACAUCAGUCGUUUAGGUAUAUGUUGUAA